AUCAUUCACGGAUUAUAUACAUCAACCAACAAACCCUAAUCCUUACUCUCUCACUCAUCAUCCAUCUCAGAUCUCAAAAACCAUGGAACAUUGCCAUUCUCCUCCUCCUUCUCUCAAAACCAAGCUCAAACAAACCUUCUGUCUCUCAUGUUGCUUCCCAACUACCCGUCGCCAAUCAUCCGAAUCGCCAUCCUCAUCCUCCGACGACCGUCCGUCGCUGCUCCGAGCUCCAACAUUUUGGAUGAAAUCCGAUCUACCGGAAAUCAAGGACAAGUGUCGCAAUCUUAUUGGACGAAUAGGCGGACGUCACCGUAGGAACUCGACUUCGGCUGAUUUUCAUUACGAUCCACUUAGUUAUGCUCUUAAUUUUGACGAUGGAAGCUUUGACGGCGGCGAUUAUGAUGAAUCGCCGAUUAAGAGUUUUUCGUCUAGACUUCAGAUGUCGAAUUUGAAAUCUUCGCCGCCGCUUAGAGCGAUUCAGGAAGUGGAUAAUCGCGUUUUGCCGUCGGUAAUUGUUGCUAUUAGUUGAUGAAUUAUUGGUUAAUUAAAUUUUUGGUAUUGAAUAUAUAUAUAGGGAAUUUUAAGAAAUUCCUUAUGUGUUUUAUGAUCGAGUUUUAUUUAUAUAGAUUAAUUUUUAAUGUAUAUAUCAAUAUUUUUAA